AUGGCAGCAAGUAUACCGUUAUCAACGGCAGUGCCUGCAUCGGAGGUGACUAUCAAUGUAGCGUGCAGAAAUUUAAUGGACAAAGAUGUCUUUUCCAAAUCCGAUCCAAUGGCUGUACUCUAUGUGCAAGAUAUAAAUCAACGAUACAGAGAGCUUGGUAGGACAGAAAGUAUCAAAGAUAGCCUGAACCCGAGUUUCGUCAAAUCCUUUGUAAUGCCAUACCUAUUUGAAGAAUGCCAAAGACUUCGUUUCGAGAUCUAUGACGUGGAUUCCGCCUCUGCCAAACUUGAUAGACAUGACUUUCUUGGUCGCCUUGACUGUACACUUGCGGAAAUUCUUACUAAUGGUGGAAAGAUAGAAAAACCUUUAGAGGCCACCCCAAAAAGUAAAAAGAGUACUAUUACAGUAACGGCUGAAGAAGUUAAUCCUUGUAAUGAUCUGGUAACGAUUGAAUUUCGUGGAAAGCAUUUAGACAAGAAGGAUUUAUUUGGUAAAUCAGAUCCAUUCUUGGUAAUACAUCGAAUGAAUGCUGAUGGCAGCUACGUUGCUGUACACAAAACCGAAAUAAUUAAGAAUACAUUAAAUCCUUCCUGGAAAAAGUUUACGAUCAGUGCCAAGAAAUUAUGUAAUGCGGACUAUACCAGGUCUCUCAAAAUUGAAUGCUACGACUGGGAUAGUGACGGCAGCCAUGAUCUGAUUGGUAUAUGCUAUAUCGUUUUGCAAGAACACCGGCAUCAGAAUUUUCCAGUAUCUUUCGAGUGCAUCAACCCUAAGAAGAAAGAAAAGAAGAAAAAGUAUAAAAAUUCCGGCGAAAUCCAAAUUACAAAGUUAGAGAUCUUAGAACAGCCGUCGUAUUUAGAUUUCAUUCGUGGCGGGAUGCAAGUUAAUUUUACAGUUGGCAUCGAUUUUACGGCUUCAAACGGAGAGCCAAGGAGAGCAAAUUCACUUCAUUACAAUGUUCCUGGUCAAGAAAAUUUAUAUAUGAAAGCUUUAAAAGCUGUUGGUGAAGUUUGUCAGGAAUAUGACACUGACAAAAUGUUUCCAGCUCUUGGAUUUGGAGCACGUUUACCGAAUGGAGUAGUAUCACACGAAUUUUACUUGAAUGGUACUCCAGAUAACCCAUAUUGUUCGACCGUUGAUGGUGUUUUAAACGCUUACUUAAUGAGUAUAAAUUCGGUUCAGCUCUAUGGGCCUACCAAUUUUGCCCCAAUAAUUAAUCACGUUGCUCGAUUUGCAGCUACUAGUCAUCAAAACCCUGGCAGUAGCUAUUGUGUUCUACUUAUGCUAACUGAUGGCGUCAUAUCAGAUAUGGUGCAAACCAAAGAAGCCAUCGUUAAUGCUUCCUAUUUACCCUUAUCGAUCAUAAUUGUUGGUAUCGGAAAUGCUGAUUUUGCAGCCAUGGAUGUUUUAGACGCCGAUGAUGAGCCGCUGUUGUCUAGAGGAAGAGCUGCAGUCCGCGACAUAGUUCAGUUUGUACCAUUUUCAAAGUUUUUAGUAAAUGGUGCAGUAACAACCUUGAGUUCUGUUCAGCUCGCUAAGGAAGUAUUGGCUGAGAUACCAGAUCAAGUUUUAUCAUAUAUGAGGAUGAAUCAUGUAAAGCCGAAUCCUCCCCCAUCGUACCAGUCAUACCAGCAAUAA